CCAAAAUCGGAAGAACUCUUGCCAUUGCAUCCGACGCAGGGAUUGGAACGGACUAAAAAUGCUGCACAGUCAGAGGCCAGGGGAUGUCUGGCCUGGCCUGGAAAGGGCGAUCAAAGACAUGCAGACGCAAGUCGAGUCGAAACACCUGAGCUACAUGGACCUUUACGGCAACACGUACACCCUGGCGAUCAGGCAGGGCGGCGGAUGGUUGUACUCCAAGGUCAACGACCUCAUUACCGAGCAUUUGAGAGACGUUGUGCAGCUGAAGGUGUUGUCCCAGCAGGGCAGCACCUUGGACUGCGUCAACAAAGAGUGGGCCGACCACAAAGUGGCCAUGGCCAUGAUCAGGGAAAUCCUCAUGUACCUCGAGAUUAGUUACAUCAAGCAGGAAAGCCUGGCUCCCAUUUUCGACCUGGGCAUUGCCAUCUUCAAAGAUGAGAUUUUUGGUUGCUUUGAUAUCAGAGAGAAAUUCUUAACCGACAUUCUCGUAAUGAUCGCCGAAGAUCGGGCUGGAAACGUGGUGAACAGGAGUGCUAUUAAAUCUGCGCUUGACCUGCUUGUUUACCUCGGUUCAGACUCGAUGGAAUGCUACGAAAAGAAUUUCGAGACGGAGUUUCUGCAAAACUCUGAGGAUUUUUACAAGGUGCAAUCCUCAAAUUUUAUCGCUGAGGGAGACGUUCUGGCGUACAUCCAAAAGGCGCAAAAGCUGAUAUUGGACGAGAAAAACAGGGCUGAGAUGUAUUUGCACAGAAGCACAAUUCCCAAAAUUACCGAUUUAGCCGAGAGGGAAUUAAUUCGGCUGCGCUUGCAGGACAUUAUUGAGAUCGGUGAAGGAGCGCUUUGCAAACUGAUACUCGAGGCGCAGACCGGCGUGGUCCGUCAGGUGUACGAUUUCGUCAGCAAGCACGACGGGGGCGUAGAUAUUCUCUUCAAUUUCUGCGUCAAAACCUUCCAGCAGCAUUUUGAGGUGAUUUGUCGAGAAGAACAACCCAUUCCUCAAGGUCGAAACCACUCAUUGUCAGAAUCCGUGAUUGUCACCCAAGCUGCAAUCAAUAUGAUCAAAGCAAAAUUUAUUGAGUUUGAAGGUGAAAUUCCAAUCACUGGCCCAUGA